GCUUGGCAUUCCAGCACGGGGUGUAUGAGGCUGAUAUGGGUUGAUGUAUUUAGUCUCCCAUGUCUGCCUCUUGUGAGACUGUGAGGGGAAACAUUGAAUACUGGCCACACCAUCUGGCGAAACCGACAAGAGAAUCGGUGACGACGACUCCAUGAUGCAAAUUUCAAAACGUAUCGGCGUCGCGUUGACCGCGGUCGCCUUCUGUAAGCAAUGGUCUCACCCAUAUGUCUGCUCGACCACCCUCCUGACACCAAACAGAUGGACAGCGAUGCUGGGCACAAGAUCCCGUGAUGUACACGGACCCGUCGACAAACAUUACGUUCCCGACAUGGAAGGACGACGGCGGCUACACAUUUGGUUUCGUCGUGCCAGACACGGCACUGACGACCGAUAGUUAUGAAUACAUCGGAUACCUCAGCUGCACAACACCAUCCGGACAGGGCGCGGCAUACUGCGGUAUCUCUCACGGCCAAUCUGGUCAGAUGACACAGGCACUGCUCCUGAUGGCAUGGCCACACGAAGACCAAGUCCUCACCUCCUUCCGCUACGCCACAGGCUACACUGAGCCAGUGAAGUACAACGGAAACGCGACCCUCACGACCCUCGCAUCAACAGUCAGCGACACCGCCUUCGAGAUCGUCUACCGGUGUCAGAACUGCUUCGUCUGGAGCCAGGACGGCGCAGAGGGCUCGGUCUCGACGAGCUCCGGAUCCACGGUGUUUGGCCGCGCAGCCUCCAACGAGGCCCCCGGCAACCCGGGCUGCCCGAACGACAUCACCAUCCCCUACCACCGCCGCCUGUUUGGCCAGUAUGGAGCUUCGUUCGCGAACGCGACUGCGGCCGCUUACUCUGACUACGCAGCGCUCCCCCCAAAGCCCACAACCACGGCCACGACCUGUUCGGGUGCCACACCAACUGGAAAUGCCACAACGACAUCUGGCAUCCCUACGGCAACUCCCACCGUGGCGUGCAAGACCAUUCCCUCGAACAAGACCUAUGACUACGUCGUCAUCGGUGGCGGUGCCGGUGGUAUCCCCAUGGCCGACAAGCUGAGUGAGGCGGGCAAAUCCGUCCUCCUCAUCGAGAAGGGGCCCGUUUCCACCGGACAAUGGGGUGGCAAUCUCGGACCCGCGUGGCUGAACGGCACAGGCCUGACCCGAUUCGACGUGCCCGGUCUUUGCAACCAGAUCUGGGUGGACUCAGCCGGCAUCGCGUGUUCCGACACGGACCAGAUGGCCGGCUGCGUGCUGGGCGGAGGCACAGCCGUGAACGCAGGGCUGUGGUGGAAGCCCAACCCUGCCGACUGGGACGAGAACUUCCCCGAAGGGUGGCACGCCUCGGACGUCACAGAAGCAACAGAGCGCGCCUUCGAGCGCAUCCCGGGCACGUGGCAGCCCUCGACGGACGGCGAGCUCUACCUGGACCAGGGCUACGAGGUUCUGACCUCGGGCCUCGAGAGGAGCGGGUGGGAGUUCGUCGUCGCCAACGACGAGCCGGAGCGCAAGAACCGCACCUUCGGGCACGGGCAGUUCAUGUUCUCCGGCGGCCAGCGCAGCGGGCCCCUCGCCACGUACCUGGCCUCCGCCGCGGCGCGCGACGUCUUCUCGCUGUGGACCGACACCGCCGUGGACCGCAUCGUGCGCGACGGCGCCCACGCCACGGGCGUCGAGGUCUCGUGCUCCGCUGGCUCUGGGUACUCUGGCACCGUGAGGCUGACGCCCGGCACCGGGAGGGUGGUCGUCUCCGCCGGCACGUUCGGCACGCCAAAGGUGCUCUUCAGGAGUGGCAUUGGGCCGAGUGAUCAGCUCUCCGUCGUCAAGGCUUCGGCCGACGGCGCCAGGAUGAUCGGGAACGAGUCGUGGAUCAACCUGCCGGUUGGGUCCAACCUCGUGGAGCAGAUGAACACCGACGUGAUGAUCACCCACCCAGACGUGGUCUUCUACGACUUCUACAAGGCGUGGAAGGACCCCAUCGCGUCCGACAAGGAGGCCUACCUGUCCAACCGCACGGGCAUCCUCACCCAGGCCGCCCCCAACAUCGGGCCCAUGCUGUGGGAGGAGAUCCCCGGCGCCGACGGGAUAACCCGCCAGCUGCAGUGGACCGCGCGCGUCGAGGGCGACAGGGCCUUCACCAACUCGACCCACGCCAUGACCAUCUCGCAGUACCUGGGCCGCGGCCAGGUGUCGCGGGGCCGCGCGACCAUCACGGGCAGCCUGACCAUGAGCGUGUCGACGCAGCCGUUCCUGCACGACGAGCACGACCGCGCCGCCGUCGUGGCGGGCAUCAAGAGCAUCCAGGAGUCCCUGAAGGACGUCCCGGGCCUGCAGUUCGUGCGGCCCAGGGCCAACCAGACCGCCGAGGCGUACGUGGACUCGCUGCUCGUGACGGCCAACGGGCGCCGCUCCAACCACUGGAUGGGUACGGCCAAGAUGGGCACCGACGACGGGUCCGCGGGGGGCACGGCGGUCGUGGACACCAAUGCCAAGGUGUACGGCACGGACAACAUCUUUGUGCUGGAUGCUAGUGUCUUCCCUGGGCAGCUGACGGGUAACCCGUCUGCCACGAUUGUCAUUGCUGCUGAGCACGCCGCGGCCAAGAUAUUGGCUCUUGGGUCUUGAUGGGG